GAUAUUAAAACUGGUGUAAUGUGCUCCCGCUCUCUGGUCCUCGUCAGCCCUCGUGCAGCUGAAUUCUGUAAUAAUUGUAGAUUUGAGAUACUCUUUUUGGGAAGACCAGAGAGCAGGGCAUUAAAAUAAUCUAACCUACAGGAGAUACAAGCAUGUAUCAACACCUCCAUGCUGGCCUGAGAGAGACAUGGGGGGACUCUGGCUAUUCUUCACAAGGGCCUUCAGGAAGCUUGGAGCUUGAGGGUUAUGGAAGUGUUACGGCUUCAAUGAGCACUCUCCAUUGCCAGUCCCUGGCAGCAUGUUGGGCCUCUCCCCACUCCAGUGACUGGACUAAACUUGACCCCGAAGUGAACUGUACAGAUGCUGAUGAGGCUCCAACUUACAGCCUACAGUCUGAAGCAGGAAACUUUGAAUGCAGUGUCUCUGGCUUGCGCUGGGUCUGUAAGGAAAAGGUCAGCUUUAAGUACCAGUUUUGCUCUUUGAGUGGACACUUGGCGAGGAUUGAAAGCAUGAAGUACAUGCCCGCAGGUCCCCUGAUGGACAUCACAGUCAUUGCUGGGAAGUUAGAUGUAGUGUACCUGCCACACUGGAUCUGCAUAGAUGACAAUCCAACAAUAUUAGACAAGUUUGCAGUCCUACACAUAGAUGACUGUGGAGAUGUCGUGGAAAAAGUGUCUGAGGUCACAUCGUCCCAUGUCAAGCUGUCUGACCCAGAUUUCUCUCUAUUAAUGGUCCUGUUGGACUGGUUGGGCCUUCCAGUGGAAAUAUACUGUAUGGUGUUAAUAUAUAGCAAGAUUCUCACAGCAUCAUCUCAAACAUCCCUCACACUCCAUGUUUACCUGAUCCCAUCUGAUCUUGGUCUACAAGAGGAAUUAGAUUCAAGAGAAAAAUCCUAUGGAUUCAAGGGAAUCCGAAAGCCAAAACCAGAAAAGUCCCUCAAAAUGCAAACUUGGUUCACCUUAACGACAGAUCAGGAUGGUGCAGAGAUUUAUCCUGAAGGCGAGAAACCCCAGACAUUAAUGCUCAGAUAUAACAGCACAGGCCCAAACUUCUAUGAAGUGGUCGUUCAAAAUCCAGACAAAGACUUUAAGCUCAUGCUCACACCAGAAAAUGGGCAUCAACCAGUUUGGACCUGUAAAAUUCGAAAAGGUGAAUGGCAAAGCACUGGCCAUAUACAAGAGAAACACUCAGUGGACAAACACCAGGAAGCAGCAAUCACAGUGGCAGGAGAGAAGCUUCUGAAUAUGCUGAAAGAGUUGAAAAGUGAAGAGUUCAAAGAAUUCAAGUGGCGCCUCCCACGCAUCACAGAGAGCCAACGGGAGAACACUGACAGGGUAGACCUGGUGAAAUUCAUGCUGCAGACCUACAGCCAAGAGUCUGUGGAGGUGGCCAAAGAGGUUUUAAAGAAAAUUCCCAGGAAUGAUCUGGUGCAGCUGUUGUCAGACACCAGCUCAGGGUCAGAAGCUGCAGGAUCAUCAGCUUGAGCAUCUGGUGUGAACACCACAGAGGGAGAGAAACUCUGUGGAUGAACAUCUGUCUGCACUGAUCCAGAAAGUGAGCAGAGACACAUCGUCUGACUCUACACAACAUUUAAUACAUGCUGGCUGGAAUUCAUUCUCACCUUGAACUGAUAAAUUAUGACACAAACCAAAAUUGACAUCAUGAUAAACCUGUCGCAGAAAUGAGGCUGUAUUAAUCUCUGCAGCAACAGUGAUUUCUUCAGUAAUGUAAGGAUAUUGUGAUCUCUAGAAUCGAGGAGCACAAGAGGAAACAUGAGUUUUUUAUUCUUUUCAGUCAAACUGAUUUUUCCAAAGUUUUUAACAGAGAAGAGUAAAAUGAUUGUAAAUAUUUUUAAGGAUGAAAAUCUUAAAAUUCCAUUUGUAUGUGUUUUAAUAUUUACUGUAUAUAUUUUCUCAAAUCAUUUUUAUGUCUUAAAGCACUUUGCAAUUGCAAUUAGAAAUUGUGAUACUGUAACAAUAAAUAUGUAUUAAAAACA